AUGUUAAAGUCUGGGCUCGCCUUAAAUAAAGAGGCACAAGUGGUCCGAAGAUUUUCUUGUGCGAUCAAGUCGUAUCUGGGUCCAACACCCACUUCCCAUUUUCGAAUAGCGUGCUUUUACUCCACAUGUCAAACUCAACUGGAACAAUCCAAACACGCAGUUCAAAUCAGACGAAUAUUUGAUGACGAGCAAUACUGGAAGAAAUUUUCGAAGUCAUCUAAUCCUCAGAGGCAUUCAAUACUUGGCUACAUAGGCACAAGAGGAAAAGAUUCGGCAGGUCUUUUUUUAAAUCCAUAUUUGAAGUCCCCGGAAGGUCUUCUAAAAUUUAGCUCUGAUUCUCUAGAAAAAGCCAAGUUGUUGACAAAACAUAUAAUAGAAGACAACUCGAACGAGGGAUUGCAUAAAUGCGUUCGUAAUUUGGAUAGAUUGAGCGACAUAUUGUGCCGCGUUAUAGAUUUAUGUGAGUUCAUCAGAACAGUGCAUCCAGAAGGGAAAUUCGAAAAGGCUGCUCAAUCAUGUCAUGAACAGUUAUAUGAGUUUAUGAACGAACUCAAUACAUCCGUUGAAUUAUAUAAACGACUCAAGCAAGUUAUGACAGAUCCUGAAUACACAUCCAAAAUGUUAGAGGAGGAAUAUAUGACAGGCAAGCUACUAUAUUUUGAUUUUCAGAUAUCGGGAAUCGAAUUUAAAGAUUCCGUCAGACGCAACUUCGUGAAUCUUAGUCAGCGGAUAGAAGCUGACGGACAGGCCUUUUUGAGCGGGGUUUCGGAGCCUUACACAAUGCACUCUGUAAUCCCAAACAAUAUUAUUCAGAGAGGGGAUGUUAACCCAAGUAUUGGUUCAGGAAUGUUCUAUGAUGAAGAAGGAAACUUAGAUAUUCCUUUAUUCAACAAUACAGGGUAUCUUACACUGAAGACAUGUCCAAAUCGUAUGGUCAGACGUAUUGUGUGGAGGGACAUGCACAGCGCUCCAGAACAACAAAAUUUAAGACUAUUCAAUCUUUUAGCCGAUCGUUAUGUAUUGUCCAUUAUGAUGAAAAAACCAAGUUUUAAUGAAUACCAGCUUGAGGGGAAGAUGGCGAAGUCGCCGGCAAACGUAAUGACAUUUUUAAACAAUCUCUUACAAGAGAUCAAGCCGGGCGUCUUGAAAGAACUCAGACAGUUGUACCAAUCAGCACAGAACCAUCACAUUAAGGAACCAACGGAUGAUGAACUCAUCGAGUUAGUGAAGCCAUGGGAUUUUGAGUAUCUUAAAUGGCGGUAUACACAACACAAUAAAGAUUCCAUCGAAGAAGAUAUCAGCCCAUACUUCUCUGUGGGAACUGUUGUGUCAGGUUUGUCAAGUGUUUUGAAAUCGUUAUAUGGAAUAGAUCUUUGUCCAGUAUCAGCUCAAAAGGGUGAGAUUUGGGAAAAGGAUGUGAGAAAGUUUGAGGUUAGAAAUGAUGCAGAUGUUCUUAUAGGUGUUAUAUAUUUGGAUCUUUUUACAAGGCCAACGAAAGGCACUGGACCAGCGCACUUCACAAUAUGCUGCUCGAGGAGGGUUACAGAUGACGAGCAAACGUCAAGUGAUCCUUUUAACUUGAAAGUUCAAACGUUCCAAACUGCAAAAAGGGAUGGUCAGCUAUAUCAGAUUCCAAUAGUUGUCUUAGAAUGCAGCUUUCCAGGGAGAGAAGAACUUGAUGCUAUGGGAUAUGAUAAGGGAACUCCUAGUCUGCUAGAUCUCUCGUCGGUGGAAACUCUUUUCCAUGAAAUGGGCCAUGCUGUUCACUCGAUGAUGGCUACAACAUCCUUGCAUAGCAUCAGUGGAACAAGAUGUGUGACCGAUUUCGUUGAGCUACCAUCAAUUUUAUGUGAACAGUUUGCCAAGGACGAAAGAGUUUUACUUUCUUUUGCCAGACAUUACAAUACAGGAAAGCCACUUUCUGCGGAAUCACUUCAUAGAGCUAAAGCAGCAGAUGAUAACUUUAGAAAUUUGGGAACACUUGGCCAGAUCAAAAUGGCCAUGCUUGACCAAAGAUUACAUUCAUCAUCUAUUAACACAAAAGAUUAUUCUCCAGUCAAGGAGUAUCAUGACCUUGAAAAAGAGAUCAAGGUUUACGCCGACACCGAGUCAUCAUGGCCAGGAAAAUUUGGCCAUCUAUAUACAUACGGCUGUCUCUACUACUCAUAUUUAUUAGACAGGGCACUCGCUUUGAGGAUUUGGGAGCAUCUUUUUGCCGAAGAUCCGCUCAAUCGAAAGAGCGGAGAGAAACUUAGGAAUGAUAUACUUAAAUGGGGAGGUGGAAGAGACCCUUGGAAGUUGAUCGCCAAUGUUUUAGAUAAACCGGAACUGUCAAAAGGCGAUCUUGAGGCAAUGCAGUUCAUAGGAAGAGUCCACAAUUUUUGA